GAGCGCUUGAAUCGGUUGCAAUUUUGAGAGGGAAGUGGAAGUUGAAUCAUCCCAAGCCCAGGAAAGCUGUGAAUUAGGUUGACAAAAUAGUUUUAGUUCGUUAAUUUUUUUGAAAGAUCAAGACACUAACACAUAUCAAAAUGUCGAGCCGUAAAACCAAAGGAAAGACCACCAAGAAACGUGCUCAGAGAGCUACCUCAAAUGUGUUCGCUAUGUUUGAUCAGUCUCAAAUUCAAGAAUUUAAAGAAGCAUUUAAUAUGAUAGAUCAGAAUAGAGAUGGAUUUGUUGAUAAAGAAGAUUUACAUGACAUGUUGGCUUCCUUAGGUAAAGAUCCAACAGAUCAGUAUUUAGAUGAAAUGAUGAAUGCUGCUCCAGGUCCUAUUAAUUUUACUAUGUUUUUAACAAUGUUCGGAGAAAAAUUAAAUGGAACAGAUCCUGAGGAUGUCAUAAAAAAUGCAUUUGCCUGUUUUGAUGAAGACGGCACAGGUAUUAUACCUGAAGAAAGGUUACGUGAAUUAUUAACAACUAUGGGUGAUAGAUUUACAGAUGAUGAGGUGGAUGAAAUGUUCCGAGAUGCACCUAUUAAAAAAGGAGAUUUUAAUUAUUUGGAAUUUACACGAAUAUUAAAAUAUGGUAAAAAGGAUGAAUAGUUUCAAGCGGAAAUCAUCAAUUUACUAACAUUCCUAUUUUUUGGUGGACCAUCAUAAUAUGACCAAUUGACUACCAUAUUUGACCAUUUAACCUGGUACAAAGACAUUUUUCUGUGUAUAGUUCAGAAGACAGCUGCUCUUUCUCAAGGAAAGGGAUUUCUCUUGAUGAAUUUUAGGGCUUUAUUUUUUAAAUUAUUGUCACAUAGAUAGCUGUGCAUCAAUAUUUAGGAUGAUAAUAUGCAAUUAAUCAAAUAUCUGUCGUAAACAUGAGGUCAAAGGGCAAAUACUGCAAUGUGACUUCUCAUCAUACCCAUAGUUAAGUAUUAGAUUUAAAACUUCAUUAAAGUGCUUCACGAUAUUUAAAUGCUUCCAAUCUUUGUAGGCUGAAAAUAACUGCUUAUAGAUACAUUCCAAAUAUGGAAAUGAUUCAAGGAUAUAUUCCAAAUAUGGAAACUGAUCAUUCUAAUUUAGGUAUAUUCCAAAUAUGGAGGUUUUUUUCACUAGUAUAUUCCAAAUGGAAGUUUUUCACAAGAAUAUUCCAAAUAUGGCAAUCGCUUUGCAAGUCUAUUACAAGUAUACUGCAUUAAUUUUGUAAGGAUUAUUCCAAAUGUUGAAACUCUAUUCAGAGGUGGCCUUUAUUCCAAACGUGAAUACUUAUUCACUAGUGUAUUUCAAAUAUGAAAAUUUCUUCAAAUAAAUUUCAAAUAUGAGACAACAUGCAGGUUUUUUAUUAUAGAGACCCCUUGUUGAGAUGCUAAUUGGACAAAUAUGGUAUCAAGUUAUCUCUAUAUAUAUACAGCACUAUAUUUUUAGUCUAUUGUUUAUUAUUAUUAUUAUACUUAGAUCAUAAGUAUAUCAGUAAAAGAAAUCUCAACUACAUUAGGUGUGUUUUUUUGGAAAAAAUUAAAUUUGAUGUCCUACUGUUCUGCAUCAUGUGGGCUAAUGAAGACAGGCAAUACCAUGCAGGGUGCAAUGAGAGAAA